GGUUGCCCCAGCCCGCCCUCUGCGUGCCGCCCAGAGUGGAGGAGCCCAGCAGGGGCCCUGGGCCGGGACCCCGAUGAGGGCUCUGCUGACUUUCUUGACGAUGGGAUCCCUGGCUGCUCACAUUCCAGAAGAGCCCUGGAAACUGCUUCAGCACGUGAAAUUCCAGUCCAGCAACUUCGAGAACAUCCUGACAUGGGACAGCGGCCCAGAGAGCACACCAGACACGGUCUACAGUGUGGAGUAUAAGACGUAUGGAGAGAAAGUGUGGCUGCCCAAGGCAGGCUGCCAGCUGAUCUCCCGGAGGUCCUGCAACCUGACCACAGAGACCAGCAAUCUCACGGAACUCUACUAUGCCAGGGUCACGGCCAUGAGCACAGGGGGCCGCUCAGCCACCAAGAUGACCGAGCGGUUCAGCUCGCUGCAGCACACUACCAUCAAACCACCUGAUGUGACUUGUAUACCCAAAGUCAGAUCUGUUCAGGUGAUUGUCCAUCCUACCCCCACGCCCAUCCAAGCACAGGAUGGCCGUCAGCUCACCCUGGAGGACAUCUUUGAGGACCUGUUCUACCGCGUAGAGCUCCGUGUCAACCGUACCUACCAAAUGCAACUCGGCGGAAAAGAGAGAGAAUACGAGUUCCUUAGUCUGACCCACGACACGGAGUUCCUCGGUUCUGUCACGAUUCUGGUUCCCACCUGGUCCAAGGAGAGCGCUCCCUAUGUGUGCCAUGUGAAGACACUGCCAGAUCGCACCUGGGUCUACUCCUUCUCGGGUGCCAUCCUGUUCUUCAUGGGCUUCCUGAUGGCAGGCCUCUGCUACCUGAGCUACAGAUAUGUAACCAAGCCACCGGCGCCUCCCAACUCCCUGAAUGUCCAGCGAGUCCUCACCUUCCAGCCUCUCCGCUUCCUCCAGGAGCACGUCCUGAUCCCCGUCUUUGACCUCAGUGGCCCCAGCAGUCUGGCCCAACCUAUGCAGUAUGACCAGAUCAAGGUCUCUGAUCUCCAGGGGACCUUCGGAGCAGUGCCGCUGCAGAACCUGCCUGAGACAGCCUACAUAGGGCAGCCAGAUGUCUCCAUCCUCAGGCCCUCCAAUGAGUCCCCUCCCCAGACUCCUGCCCCCCAGCCAUCCUGUACCCCCAAGAUGUUCCCUGAAGUCCCACCACCAUCCUACGCGCCCCAAGUCACAGCCGAAGAGAAGCCACCAGUCUACACACCACAGGCUGUCCCUAAGUCUCAGGCUCUGUCCUACGUCCCACAGGACACCACCACUGACAACUGGCUUCCUUCCUAUGGCAUAUGUGUGGAGGGGCCUAGCCAAGACCCACCCCCCGAGACAAUCCCUGGUCCCACACACCUUUGGCCCAAGUGUCAGAUCUCCAAAGAGGUGCCCACUGGGAGCUGCAUCCCAGGUGGCCUUUCUCUGCGGGAGGUGACCUCCCCGGCCCUGGAGGACCCCCAGGAAGCUGAACUGCCCCACCUGCCUCUGGGCCUUUGCAUGGACAGCAAACCUGACCCCAGCAUGCUGCACAGUGGGGAGCCAGAGACUCCACACUUCCUCGGAAGCCACCUCCCACUCUUGUCCUCUGUGGAGAUAGAAGGUCACCCUGCACCCCUCCUUCUUAGUGCCCUGUCUCCUCGCUGCUCUCCCUCUGAUCAGGGCCCUCAGCUUUGGAGCCUGCUGGACUCCCUGGUGUGUCCCAAGGAUGAAGGGCUGAGGUCUGAGACAAAAGCCAUGACCUCGGUCCCUGAGAACUCAAGCCUGGAGUCGCCCGUGGAGCUGGACUCCCUGUUCAGAGGACUAGCCCUCACUGUGCAGUGGGAAUCUUGAGGUGAUGGAGGGAUGGGGCAAGCCUGGGGCUGCCUCUAGUUCCCUACACCCAGCCAUGCCACGUACCCUGUGGCUCAGCCUUCGGUGGAGGUCUUGAAGAAAGGAGGUCACAGGGUCCCUGACAUCAGUGGGCUCCUCAUUGGAGCUAAACAUCAUGAUCAGGCCUGCAGGUGGAGAACUGCACCUGCUGUGGGCAGGUGUGCAUGCGUGCAAGGGAGCGCGGGCAGGUGAAGUUCUGCAGGAAGGGACAGCAGGUGCAUUGAGGCCAAGCACAGGAACCUCCUACAUUGCUGUGCACAAAGCCAGUCUCGGCCUCCUCGGCAAAGCUCAGGGAUGAGAAAGCAACCAGGGGAAGGACACUCAUCAACAUCAUUGUUAUCAUCAGCCAGGCAAAACCAGAACAGC